AUGAAGGUCACUCAAACCAGCAUUAAAAAUCAAGAAGCUUCCAUGAAGAAGUUAGAAACUGAGAUUGGACAGUUGGCUGAACAACUAGCGAAUAGAGAUGAGGAAAGAUUUCCAAAAGCAUUGGAGCAGAUGCCAUCUUAUGCUAAGUUCAUGAAAGAAUUGUUUUCCAAGAAAAGGAAGUUGGAACAUGACAAGACAGUACCAUUAACAGAAGAAUGUAGUGCUAUUCUUAAAAGAAAACUUCCUCAAAAACUCAAGGAUCUAGGAUCCUUUAGCAUCCCUUGUGAAAUUGAAAAAUAUUUUGUCAUUCUAGACAUGGAAGUAGAUGCAAAUAUACUUUUGAUUUUGGGAAGAACAUUCCUUGCAACUGGAAAAGCUCUUAUUAAUAUUCAAAAGGGAGAGCUCAUGCUUAGAGUGCAAGAUGAAAAUCAAUUGGAAACCUUACCAGUUCUGACCCCUGUAGAGAAAUCAAUCAAGGAAGUAGAAGAAGAACAAACUCAGAAGUUAGAAAUCAAGCAGCUGACUUCUCACUUGAGAUAUGCAUUUUUGGAUCAAAAUUACGAAAAUCUAGUCAUAAUCAGCAAUCAACUCAAGGAAGAAGAAGAAGAAAAGUUGUUGAGAAUCUUGAAAGCACACAAGAUCAAAGGUUGUGACAAGAAGGGAAAGGACAAUGGUGUUGCAAAUCAUCUGUCCAUAAUACCUUUGAAAGCACUGCAAUCAAAUUGCUGUGACAUUAAUGAGGAGUUCCCUGAUGAAAAGCUGCUAGCUAUGGAAGAAUUGCCUUGGUUUGCUGAUAUAGCAAACUUUAAGGCUACUCAGCAUAUUCCAAAGAGAAUGAGUUGGCAGCAGAGAAAGAAUUUUUUUCAUGACAGCAAGUUCUACAUUUGGGAGGAUCGUCAUCUACUCAAAAUUAGAGUGGAUGGUAUAUUGAGAAGAUGCAUUCCACAGAAAGAGCAAGCUGAUAUCUUAUGGCACUGCCACAAUUCAGAUUAUGGAGGCCAUCAUGGAGGUUCUAGGACAGAUGCUAAAGUCUUACAAGCAGGCUUCUUUUAG